AUGCUGUUUGCUGAACCUGGCUUUUAUGUAUCCUCUUUUCCAUUUGACAGAAAAUUCAUUUGCAAAUUGCCCGACAGAGGUAAAAAGAUCAUAGAGUCGGUUUGCAAACUGAAAGCGGCCAUUGCAGAACGUGAAGCGAUUCGAGACAGAAGUGAACCCUUUCGCCCUAUUAGAGUAGACUGCAAAGUAAGGCAAAAGGGGAUUGCCGGAGUUGACGUGGACACAGCUAAGGCUCAGAAUUCUGAUCAGAUACUUGACAUUUCAUCACUAGUUCCUAGCUGUUCCUCUGUUGACGACAGCACAUCUUCUCGAACCACUUCACCCGAGCAAGGACUUGGACAUCGCCUCGAUGACCAGGGAGAGCCUGGAGAGGCAGAGGACACAAUUCUGAGCAGCAGAGCCAACGCGACUUCCGCAUCCGAGACCAGCCAGCAUGUCCCUCAGCGUCGAGCUUCAAGUCAAGCAGAAGCGAAUGCCAGCUGCUCUGACAGCCUGGUUAUUGACCGGCUACAGAGGAUUACAAUUGCAGACCCAGGGGAACAUGGCUCAGAGAAGAGCCCUCGUGCUGAGAACGUGACAGGCCUUCCUAGUAGGACUCAGAAAAGGCCACAUUACUUGGAAGUGUUAGAGAUGCGAGCCCAAAACCCAGUGCCCCCGCCGCACAAAUUUAAAACAAAUGUAUUGCCUUCCCAACCAAAUGACCCAUGCGACCAAUGCCCAAGGAGCGAGUCCCCUGUGUCCUCAGAAGAAAGGCUGCGCAGGGAUAAGAAGCACCUUGAUGACAUCACCGCAGCCCGGCUUCUGCCGCUUCACCAUCUGCCUACCCAGCUGCUUUCCAUUGAAGAGUCUUUAGCUCUUCAGAAACAGCAGAAACAGAGUUAUGAGGAAAUGCAAGCCAAGCUGGCAGCACAAAAAUUGGCCGAAAGACUGAACAUUAAAAUGCAGAGCUAUAAUCCUGAAGGAAAGACAAUGGGGAGAUACCGAGAAGCAAGGGAUGAAGACGGUCCGUCCUCUGAUGAUGAGUUGUGACCCUGGGUGUGGGUGAUCUCACUGCUGAGAUACCAAUAGCUCCCUUUCUAACAUGUGUCAAGAUCAGUGUCAUCAGGCAUUGCUACGGCAAAGAAUUUUAUAAAGUUACACUAAGGUAGCUAUUAAAAAAAAGCCCACUUCAUCUUUCAGAAGAUGACUUUUACGUGAUUGAAAAGUUUCAUAUUUGAAUAUCGUGUUUAACCACCUUGUAUUAAAGUUUUGCUGUAUGUGGCAUAUAUAGUAGAGCCCAUUUUUUCCCUUUAAGCCAAAUGAAAGCAGGUGUACCUUUACUUUUUUCCGUAGUCUCACCUGUCAAGUGACAUUUACUCCUUGCCUUUCAGGGGGAUGGUUGGUUGUCCCUGGCAUGGCCUACAGUGAAUCAGGAAGACACAGUUCCAUACUCUUUUGCAUAAAGAAGGUGGUUGUCUAGACAAUUCUGUGCAUGUUUGCUUGGGGCUACUGAGUGAAGGAACUAAGAAGGUCAUAGAAAAUGUUUUAAAAUGUCUAUCAUCCCUUAGGAAGAAUGUUACCUCUUUUUUCCUGAUCAGGAAUAAGGGUUAGAUGCUGGGAAUGAGUGACAGGAGGUCUAGCAAAGUCUGACGUUGCCAAGCCUGUUUCUUUACCUGGUGAACUUCAUUGUUCUGACAGAUGGUACAUUGUUCAAGGGACAGUAAAGUUUGUAGGGAAAUGGAGUUUUUUUAAAGCUACAAUUGUCUAGUCACUACAUCAUUUUCACUCUGCGAAAGGUGGGCACAGAGACUGAAGAAACCUCAAAUCAUGCACAUAAGGACACACUCAUGUCACCUUAAAGGGUUACAUGGUUAUCUCUUAUUAUCAAAGAUCUGUCUAAUAUGUUGAAUAUCUUUCAGUGGUGAAAGAAUAAAUCAGAGUAACUUUA